AUGAACUCGUACUUGAUCAACUCCAACUAUGUGGACCCGAAGUUCCCCCCCUGCGAGGAGUAUUCACAGAGCGACUAUCUGCCCAGUCACUCCCCGGACUAUUACAGUUCCCAGAGGCAGGAGCCCAGCGCCUUCCAGCCGGACUCUCUGUACCCCCCGCAGUCCCCGCACCGGGCCGAGCCGCCGUACAUGCCGUGCCAGCGAGCGGCUCAGCCUGCCUCGGUGGUGAUGUCCCCGCGGGAUCACGUCGCCCUUCCUACCACCGUGUCGGAGCAGAGCCACCGCUGCGACACGGUCACACCGAGCCCGCCUCCUCCACCUCCUCCACCUCCUCUGUCCUGCGGCCAGAGCGCGUCUUCUCCGCGGAGCGCGCGCAAGGAUCCCCCGGUGGUGUACCCAUGGAUGAAGAAAGUCCACGUGAACAUCGUGAACUCCAGCUACUCGGGCGGAGAGCCGAAGCGCUCGCGGACAGCCUACACGCGCCAGCAGGUUCUGGAGCUGGAGAAAGAGUUCCAUUACAACCGGUACCUGACGCGCAGGCGCAGGGUGGAGAUUGCGCACACUCUCUGCUUGUCGGAGCGGCAGAUCAAGAUCUGGUUCCAGAACCGGAGGAUGAAGUGGAAGAAGGACCACAAGCUGCCGAACACCAAGGUCCGCUCGGGCCCGAACGGAACCACGUGUUCCCAGACUAUGGCGGGCUCAGCCGGACCCCUAUAGCGCGGUCAUAUUUUGAAUUGUUUUAUUUUUGGAUUCCCUGUUCCCAAAGUAAAAACUCAAGGGGAAACCAGUAUAACCAUCGGAACCUGCACUUUGGACCGUGCUUUGAAGAUGGGGAGAGGUGUCACUGAUGCUCUGCCGUUAGGACGCUGAUGGCGGGAGGAGGAGCUCUGUUAGUAAAAUAACUGACAAAAGACACAGAACUCGCUCUUCUUUCUUAGUCAAGAUCAGUUCCAGUUCGAACCGGACUCACUUCUAUUUAUGUUUACAGUGUGAGCUACAAAGCAAAGCCCAUUACCCCACCCCCCCAUCCCCGCCCGCCCCCUCAAACGCACGCACACGCACUCCCGGGUGUAUAAUAAAUGGAACUCUCCUCCUGAAAUCCCCUCCUCCCC